AUGUCCCUAUCUAAUAAGGAAAUUGCUGCUUUGAUUGUUGACUUUUUGUCAUCAUCGUCUUCUUCAGUAAACGAAGACUAUGUUGAUUCGUUGAAUGUUGCCAUCGACUGUAUCACUGAGGCCUUCCAAUUUGAAAGAGAUGAGACUGAUUCUUUAAUCUCUGGUCCUUUUAAUGGCAAGAAAUUACCUGAACUAUUAGCCUCAGCUCCCUCUUCUGGAGGCGUUUCUGGUGAACCAGUGAAGGUUCAUAUUCCAGUUGAAGAUGCAGCAGCUAAGGCCAAGGCUGAAGAAUUAAAGCUACAGGGUAACAAGGCCAUGGCUGCUAAGAAAUUUGAUGAGGCUAUUGAAAAAUACACUGCUGCUAUCGAAGUUUCUCCAUCUAACGCUGUUUACUACUCGAACAGGGCUGCAGCUUAUUCUUCUUUGAAGCAGUACGAACAGGCCGUUAAGGACGCCGAGCAAGCUAUUGAAGUUGAUCCUACAUAUUCUAAGGGUUUUUCUAGACUUGGAUUUGCGAAGUAUGCUUUGAAUAAGCCUGAAGAAGCUUUAGAUGCUUACAAGAAGGUCCUAGAUAUCGAAGGGGAAAAAGCUACUGACGUUAUGAAAAGAGAUUACGAAACUGCCAAGAAGAAGGUAGAAACCUCAAUGAACUUAGAGAAGAGCUCUACCAGCGCUUCUUCUGAAGAUGUUUCUGACAAAUCUGCGACUGAAGGUCCUGGUGCAGGCGCUGGUGGCUUACCAGAUCUUUCAAGCUUGUUAGGUGGUGGCGGUCUAGGCGGUGGUUUAGGAGCACUGCUAAACAACCCUCAAGUUAUGCAAGCCGCUGAAAAGAUGAUGCAAAAUCCAGGUCUAAUGCAGGAUAUGAUGUCCAAUCCAGCAAUGAAGCAAAUGGCCAACCAAUUCUCAUCUGGUGGCGGCAUGCCAGAUUUGAGUCAAAUGAUGAAUGACCCAUCUAUUAGAGACAUGGCCAAAAACAUGUUUGGUGGCGGCAACGGCAGCCAGCAAUAA